UGGCCCGAGGGAAGCGUGGGGCAGAGGGAGGAGUGGGACAGAGGGACGAGUGGGGCAGAGGGAGGAGCGGGGCAGAGGGAGGAGUGGGGCAGAGGGAGGAGUGGGACAGAGGGACGAGUGGGGCAGAGGGAGGAGCGGGGCAGAGGGAGGAGUGGGGCAGAGGGAAGGGGGGACGCAGGGUAGUGUGGAGAAGUGGAUGGGCGUAGGAAAAGGGAGCGGGAAAAGACUCUCGCUAUCCUCCUCCCCCUCCUCCACUCACCCCCUCCCUCUCCCAAUUUCUCUCCCCUCCUCCUCCUCCUUGUCCACCACUCCCCACCACCCUCAACCUACUCAUACUCUUCCCUCUCUCAUCCUUCCUCUCUCCCCACCAGCCCCUCGGACCCAGCCACACCCCCCUUCCCCACCCUUCCCCUUGUACCUUGCCCUCCGACCCAAUCAUGUCCCCACUUACCCUCCUCCCUCCCCCCACUCCUCACCACUCCCUCCCUCUCCCCUCUCUCCUCUACCUCCCCCCUUCCACACUCACGCUCGUCUCUCCCUUUCCCAACACGCGCGCUCCUCUCUACCCCCUGUCCCCUGCCCCCCCCACACUCACGUGUCACUGCGGCAAUUUCUUGGACGACAGGGACUUGUCUCCCCUUCCUCCCCCCUUUCCACACUCGCGCUCCUCUCUUGCCCCUUCCCCUGCCCUCCUCUCCCCCUUCCCUCCCCCAACUCAGCCCCACCCCCCUCCCCAUCCCCCCACACGCACGCUUGCUUCUCCAGCAAAUUCUUUGACGACAAUGACGGUGCAGGGUGUUUUUGA